AACAAUUUCGAAUUACUCUUAAGAAGGCAGUUUUUUUAUUUGCAAACAAUUUUAUUUUCACGUUGCCGAGAUGAAAUGUUUAUUAUUUAUUGCACUAAUCUGCAUUUUUAUGAUGGGGAAUCCCAACAUUUUAGUGAAUGGAGUUCAAUACCGAGAUUGUUUGAAUGGAAAUGGCAUCGCCAGAAUCACGAAUUUUAACCUAUUACCAAAUCCUCUAUCCUUCAGCAAAAAUAUUACAGCAUCUUUGAGUGUUCAACUGGAUCAGGAUAUACCGCCUGGAACAGCGAUCAUUUCCAAAGUUUACAAGAUAACGUGGUUUUUUGGAUUGAAGGUUAUAGCUCCUUGCAUAAACAACGUGGGCUCCUGCACAGAGGACCAUUGUGCUUUCCUGAAAAAAUAUGGACAACAGCUUUGCCCUUUCUUUCCUAAAGACAGAGAAUGUAAAUGCCCUAUAAAAGCUGGUUCAUACAGUGGGAAUGAAGUUACAAUACCAAUGCCAGACUUGGGAGCAAUAUUGAAAUGGUUUGCCUCGGGAAAAUUUCAGAUUGAAAUGAGGCUGCGAGAUAUAAACAGUCGCAAAGACUUAGCUUGUUUCGAAUUUACAGGAGAAAUCAAGCCAUGAUAUUAAUGUAUAUGUGCAUGUGUAUGAAUGUACUUUACUCAAAGGUAUAAUCAGAAAUAUGACUAAAUAAAUACUUGUAUUUUUUUCGUUUUA